AUGGCUGAUACGGUGGCUGCUUUGGACGAGUGUUUGACGUCAACCCGAGGUAAGGUUGAUAGAAUACGACAAGCUAUUGAUGCUGCCGAUGCUGAUCACGCAUAUGAUGAUUUCAACGGAUUCCUCAAUCGGAUCUACCUAGUUGAUCCGACGAAAAGGGAAACGUUUGAGCCCAAGUUUAUAGAUUUCGAGGAGCUGUAUCAGUUUGUGCGUAUUUCUUUGUCGGAAAUGAUACAGCAGCAUGAAGAUGAGCAAAAAUCUGUAGCUGAUCUAGUCGCGGCUAAACAACUGGAAAGUGCAAAGGCUAACUCUAUUAGCAGACUUGGCGGCAGUGGAACGACAGCUCCAGUUCAAUUAUUGCCAUCUCUUUUACUCCAACAAACUCCGCUACCAACCUUUGAUGGUAGCUAUGAAACCUGGUAUAAGUUUAGAGAUCGGUUCACAGAUGUAGUGAACAAAUGCACCGGGGAUUCUCCUGCCACGAAGUUGCACUUUCUCGACAAGGCUCUAAUAGGGAAAGCUAAAGGAGCCAUUGAUCAACAGACGUUGAACGAUAAUAACUAUGAGGGAGCUUGGAGAAUACUCGCAAAAAGGUUCGAGAAUUUGCGCAUGGUCGUCCAAGCUCAUAUUGGACAGUUGCUAUCGUUAAAGUCGAUGGUUAAGGGUUCUCAUGCAGAACUGACAAGUUUGCUUGAUGUCGUUGAAAAGCGACUGGAAUCACUCGAGUUCCACAAUCUGAAAAUGCAUGACAAAUUAUCAGAGGCAUUGAUUGUAAACUUGGUUAUUUCCAAGCUCGAUAUUGACACUCGCAAGGCUUGGGAAGCGACAGUAGAUAGUUCGUCGACGAAAUUACGAGUGGUGUUCGAUGCAUCCGCAAAAACCACAACGAGCUUAUCGCUUAACGAUGUGUUGAUGGAGGCACCUGUCGUGCAGAGCCCAUUGUUUGACAUCGUGUUGCGGUGGAGAUUGCCGAAGUACGCUUUCACUGGAGAUGCUAAGCAGAUGUAUAGGCAAGUUGUGAUGCAUGCUGCUCAUACGAAAUACUUGAGAUGUCUAUUUCGGGAUGACCGGACGCAACCAAUAUUGGAUUUGGAGUUGCUCCGAGUAACAUACGGUGUUGGUCCAGCUGGAUUCUUGGCCACGCGAUCGUUGGUACAACUGGCGAAGGAUGAACAGAAUGAUUUUCCGGAUGCUUGUGAGGUUGUUUUGAAGUCGUUCUAUGUAGAUGAUGCACUUACCGGAGCAGAUUCGCUAGAGAAGGCACGGAAGCUGCGUGAAGAUUUACAAGUUUUACUGGGAAGAGGAGGCUUCAAACUACAUAAAUGGUGUGCAAACGAUCCUGCGAUUCUUGAAGGAGUUCCGUCAGAAGACCGUGAGAAGCAACUGCGCUUCGAAGAAAGUGAUGUGAACGGUGUGAUAAAAACCCUCGGACUCUUGUGGGACCCAGGGAGUGAUAACUUUGUAUUUCGAGUGAAACCGAUGGUGGAGUGUGCGGCACCGCAAACCAAGAGACAAGUGCUUUCCGAGAUCGCAAGACUCUUUGACCCUCUCGGUGUGUUGGGUCCAGCAAUAGUGUUAGCGAAGAUAGUAAUGCAACAACUAUGGAGGAAGAAAAUCGAUUGGGAUGAGCCGAUUCCCAUUGAAGAGUUCAGGGUGUGGAACAAAUUAAGAUCCGAGUUGUGUGCAAUAAACAACAUGAAGAUACCUCGUCGCGUUACCGUUGAUAAUCCGUCGGUGUUCGAGUUGCACGGGUUUUCGGACGCUUCGCAAGCAGCAUAUGGUUGCUGUGUGUACUUGCGUAGCGUGACCGUUGAUGGCAUCGUUGAAGUAAAGCUACUGUGCGGCAAAUCGAGAGUUGCACCGCUUAAGGAGCUGAACCGUAAGGAGAAGAAAGGAGCACCACCGGAAGAAUUAACCACGCCGAGAUUGGAGCUGUGUGCAGCUGUACUACUAGCUAGACAAAUGAAAACAGUGCGCGAAACCUUGAGUAUCGACAUUUCGCGUGUCGUGCUAAGGUCCGAUUCGAGUAUAGUGAUUUGUUGGAUUAGGAAAUCGAAGCCUAACCAACCAGUGUUCAUCCGCAAUCGGAUUGCGGAGAUUCGCGAACUGACCAUCGAUGCUGAUUGGUUGCAUGUUGGAACGAAAGCAAAUCCAGCGGACUUGGUGUCGAGAGGUGUACUACCUUUGGAAUUAACGAAAAGUGACUUGUGGUGGAAUGGACCGGAAUUUCUUCGAUCAAGUGUAGUUGAUGAAACAGUAAAUGAAGAAACCGAAGACUUGAGUGAAGAGACGAUUUCAGUGACUGUAGUUACAGUGCCCGAUGAAGGAUUGUACGAAGUGAUUCAGAACAGUAGUAACUUUCGCCGACUACAAAGAGUGUUCGGUUACGUAACCCGGUUUAUCCGUAAUUGUCGUGCAAAGCGAAACGAAUCAGAAUUUCGUCGUGGAAGAUUGAACAUUGCAGAUUUUCGUGACUCACUGUACACUAUGGUGAAGAUUGUACAAAAUGCAGUGUAUCGCGAUGAAAUUAGAAGCGUCUUGAAAGGUGAACCGGUGAAGGGUAAGUUACGAAAUUUGAAUCCUGUUUUUGAUAAGACGGAGAGAUUGCUGCGUGUGGGUGGUCGAAUCAGGAAUGCCAUACUACCGCUCGAUCAGAAACAUCCAUUGAUAUUGCCGGAGAAGAACAACUUUACUGAUAUUGUCAUCGAAGCAAUCCACCGUGAAGAACUACAUGUCGGUCUAAAUGGAUUAUUGGCUAAAAUCAGGCAACAAUUUUGGCCAGUAAAUGCGAAGCGUACGAUCAAACGCGUCCUAGGGAAGUGCAUCAAAUGCUUCAGACUAAAGCCGAAGGAUGUACAGCAGUUUAUGGGUGAUUUGCCGAUUGCACGCGUCACCGCUGCUCAGCCUUUCGCUAGAACGGGAGUAGACUACGCAGGCCCUUUUUUGUUGAAGCAAGGUCGGUCGAAGACACCGAUCAAGUCGUACGUUAGUGUUUUCGUCUGUAUGACUACUAAGGCGAUACAUUUUGAGCUUGUGAGUUCCUUAUCUGCAGAGGGAUUCUUGGGGGCAUUGCACCGCUUCGUUGGACGCCGUGGGAACGUCAGUGAGAUGUUUACUGAUAAUGGAACCAAUUUUGUCGGCGCUGAGCGACAAUUGGCCGAAUUGCGAGAGUUGCUGAAAUCUCAAUUGCUGGAGAACAAGCUUGAAGAUUUUUGUCAGCCUCGUAGAAUCUCGUGGAGUUUCAAUCCACCGAAGGCUCCGCACCAAGGUGGACUUUGGGAAGCCGGAGUAAAAAGUAUGAAGAGUCAUCUGUAUAAGGUGAUGAACGAAUCGUACUUCACCUAUGAAGAGAUGACAACAUUGCUGAUUCAGAUUGAAUCCAUCCUAAAUUCAAGGCCAAUAAUACCACAAAGCGACGAUCCGAUUGAUUAUGAGGCGUUAAGUCCUGGUCAUUUCCUGGUUGGCCGAGAAUUGACAGCUAUAGCCGAACCGUUCUACGAUGGUCUCAAGGAAAAUACGUUGUCUCGUUACCAAUUGAUCCAAAAACGAAAGCAAUCGUUUUGGCGAAGAUGGUCAUGUGAGUAUAUAACCGGACUACAGAAGCGCAGCAAAUGGAACAAAACUCCCACGUUGCUUCGUGAAGGACUGUUGGUGAUAAUGAAAGAUGAUAAUUUGCCACCGCAAACUUGGAAACUGGGGCGUAUUAUCAAAACUCACCCUGGAAAUGAUGGCGUUGUUCGGGUAGUAACCGUACGAACUAACAAUGGCACGUACAAGCGAUCUACAAUGCAAAUUGUUGUUCUACCCAUAGAAGAUGCAGAACGGACCAGCCAAACGGAUAAGUUGAGCCAUCCGGCUCCUGGGGGAGGAUGUUAA